AUGCAAACCCAAACCCAAACCCAAUUCCAAAGCCCGCACUCUCGCUGGCUCGCUCUCACCCACCGCACCCCCUCAUCGCACUCGUCUUUUCUCUACGGCGUCAAAUCCACCAAGAUCUACUGUCGCCCAACCUGCUCUGCGCGCCUCGCCCGUCGCGCCAACAUCGUCUUCUACGACUCUGCCGACCAAGCCCGCCGCGACGGGUUCCGCGCGUGUAAACGCUGCAAACCGGACAACCCGGCGUUUGUGGGCGAGAGCGAGGAGGUUGUCUCAAGGGUGCUUGCGCUGUUGCGCGUGAAUGCCAAGGGCAACAACUAUAAUAAUGGUCAACUCGCGAUGAAGCGGAGUUUGAAGCAGCUUGCCCAAGAAGUCGGGGUUACGCCGAGUUAUCUUUGUCGUGUGUUUAAGAAGACCAUGGGGGUUACGAUUGGGGUGUAUAUAACGGAGUUUGAGAAGAAGAGCGCAGUGCAGCUUCCAACUAGUAAUAUAGACGCAACGAGCAUUCCGACGAUCGAGAUUGAGGAAGACACAGGAAACAUAGACUGUGGCUUCAAUCUGGACGAAUGGUUCUUCACGGAAGAAUUUUUACAUGACAGUGUUUACAAUAACAUUGAGCAAUUGGUUUAG